AUGUCACCAAACGAUAAUAAUACUAAAACCAACACUAAUAAUAAUAAUUCCCAAAGUAGUCCCAGCAUGCCUGUUCCUGUAUCUCCAGCCAGACCCAACGUUUCGCUGUUUGAGAACAUGCCAUUAAUUUCACCAAUGAUUUCAUACUCGUCCUCUAGAGCUCAAACACCUAUAGAUGGUGCCGGUGAAGCACCUCCAGUAAUCUCAGACGCAAUGAGACAAAACUUGCCCAUUCAUGACGAAAACUUACCUAUAGUUAAAUGUAUUGCCAGGGCGCGAAUCCCCACAACUCAUGGACCUGAAAUAUUUUUACACUUGUACGAGAACAAUAUCGACCAAAAGGAGCACUUGGCUAUAGUAUUCGGUGAAGAUAUACGUUCGAAGACCUUGUUUGCAAAGAGACUGGGCGAACUGCAGCAGGAUAGAAUGACUAGAGGAGCCUACGUAGGAAAGCUAUACCCAGGGAGACAUGAUGCCGACGUUGAUCCGAAAUCGGAGAAACAGUUGCAUUUCAAUGAAAUUGGAGAUCUUAUAAGGGAGUCAGAUACAACGUACAGCUCGAAACACAAAGAAGCGUGCCUAACUAGGAUACACUCUGAGUGCUACACAGGAGAAACCGCAUGGUCUGCUAGAUGCGACUGUGGUGAGCAAUUUGACGAGGCAGGUAGAAUCAUGGGGUCAAAUGGGCAUGGUUGCAUCGUAUAUCUUAGACAAGAAGGACGUGGAAUUGGGCUAGGAGAAAAGUUGAAGGCGUACAAUUUACAAGAUUUAGGUGCCGACACGGUACAGGCCAAUUUAAUAUUAAGACACCCAGCUGAUGGUAGAUCAUUUUCAUUAGCUACUGCUAUUUUAUUGGACUUGGGUUUAAGCGACAUAAAGUUACUUACAAACAACCCAGAUAAGAUUUUGGCAGUUGAGGGAAAAAAUAGAGAAGUUAAGGUUAUAGAAAGAGUACCUAUGAUUCCAUUGUCUUGGAGAAAUAAAGGAGACGGAAUAAAAUCAACAGAAAUUGAAGGAUAUCUUAGUACAAAGAUUGAAAGAAUGGGGCAUUUACUUGAAAAGCCGAUCAAAUUCACCAAUAAGGUAGAGAAUUGA